AUGCUAGACUGUGUGCCGUUUGGGCCUGGAAUAUCCGCAAAUCUGCCAACCUAUCAGUAUUUCCAGGUAUUGUGGGAGAUGAUGGGCACAGACAUUGCCAUCACCACCUGGUUCUUUGCUCACGACAUUCGGAAGAUUGCACUUUCAGCUGGACCUGCGUUUUCGGCAAGUUCUUCGGAUGACUUCAGAAUGCGCGCCUCGAGGGGCACGAGUCGCGCCGACCGCGCUUGGCGCCGAUGGCGUAGCUUCGGAUUUCCGCGCAGGUCCUGUGCUUUGUGCGACCCGGUAGUCCUUUUGCUCUAUGUUGGCGUGUCUCAGUUGACCAUGGGGAUCAUGUGCCGCAGAUAG